AUGUCUAGCCUAUACGACGAGGAAGGACACCAUAUUAUUCCAUUUAUCUCGUGCGUGCAGACAAAGCCCAAGGUCGGCCUAGACCACUUGGACAACCUUUGCAAACUAAUGGAACAGCUCGGUGAUUUGAAAGAGCAAAACCACAAACUUCAAAGGCGUGUCCAAUACUUGGAAGAUAUGAAGGACCUACAUGACAUGCACAAACUGCUGGAUCCUGAGUACGGCCUUGAGGAGCGCAAGGCGUCCAAUCGUACACCGAGUCCAGGAGGGGGCUCUGCCACGCAGGCACUCGGAGUGCUCGAGGAUGGUGUGCACAGGAGCAGCACGCAAGUUGUACUCCGCUCCAGAGGCCGCUGCCGAUCUCGAGAAAGAAGCAAAUCUGUCGGGACACAGGACGACUACGCCGACUCCAGGAGCAUGAAGGGCAAGCGGUUCCCUAACUGGUCCAGAGUCAAAGAAGCCUUGGGACUCGAACGGUCAGCGGCCGAAUGCGAAGGUCCUUCCAAAGGCAUCCUGGUACGCACGAGCCCUUCGGACGGGGUGUUCUUUCAAGACGAAGGCCUCGCCGUCCCUGCCACUGAAGGGUGGCCUGCAGGCUGGGAUGCUGAUAGCUCCGACCUCCCGCCGCAGUCUUGCUCUUGGUCAGAAGAAAGCUUUCCUGGCAGGUUGCUGGGUGAAGUCCUCAGAGCAGGCAGCACGGCACACGCAAAUCUGCGACCAGGGGAGCCUGUGCGCCGCAAGUCUUCUCCAAUCUCGCCAAGCGGCGUAAGAGACACGUGCAAGAGGACAGUGUUGGACUCCAAAUGUCACUGUCACUUAGACUCGGAUUCAUUGUAA